CGCCGCCCUCAUCAAAGCCGACCGCAGUUGCGCUGCCUGCCCUCGUCCACACCCCUCCGGCUGAAAGACCACCGCCGCCCGCACAAACACGCCCUACUGCCCGUUGCCAUGGCCACCGAAGCGUCCAAGUAUUACGAGCUGUACCGCCGCAGCAGUGUCGGUGGCGCCCUCACAGACACGCUCGACACGCUCAUCACCGAGCGCCGCAUCGAGCCGCAGCUCGCCAUGAGGAUCCUCGCCAACUUCGACAAGGCCGUGGCCGACGUGCUUGCUGACAAGGUCAAAGCCCGGUUGACCUUCAAGGGACACCUCGACACCUACCGCUUCUGCGACGACGUCUGGACCUUCAUCAUCAAAGACAUCAACUUCAAGCUCGAUAACAACGCCCAGGUCCACGCCGACCGUGUCAAGAUUGUGAGCUGCAAUACAAAGCGCCCUGGCGAAGCUUAGGAAGCAUCGAGCCGGCUUUUCAACUUGUAGAGCUGAAUACAGUCGAGUUAUUUCACGUCCAGAAGAAUGCGCAGAUGGGUCGGUGUGCCGGGCACCCCAGCGAAGCCACAGGUAUCGCUAGGGGUAGGAGGAAGGCAGGACCUGUACGUUCCACGUACCGCCAGACGAUGGUUUUUCACGCGAGCGCCUUCAGAAAUCGAGGCAGCUGACAUGCGCGUUCAUCACAGUCUGCGAUAUGAAGCUGAGUAUCCUGCGUUACUCCGGGUAGGCAUCCCAGGGGUUGGCAGUACUUGAAGCUUCACUUCCAUGUCUGUAUGAUUUGUCAUGUCGAUUGGAGAAAUAUACCCUUAUCCCAGCGGAAGAAGUUGCUGCUGGCAUACACGAAUAUAGAAAUCAUGCACAUGCCUCACAAGCAUUUUCAUCAUGUUGCCCCGUGUAUAUACCUCAGAUAUAGAGCAUGCGGGAUGUGAAGGCGUACAAUCAAUGGAUAUUACACAC